GCCCGGUGGCCGGGUAGGGGACUCGGGUGGGGGCAGGCAGGCCGGCCAAACAAGCCCCGGGAGACCGGCUGGCUGGCCAGCAGCAGAGCUCUGGGCCGGUUGUUUCCAGCGCGCACUAUCACCGGCGCUUAGUAGAUGUCGCUGUUGUCCGUGCUUACGCGGCCGGCCGGCCGGGCUCUGGAACACGUGACCUGCAAGGAGGCUGCGGCUCAAGGCCAUUUUCAAAUCUCAUUGGCUUGGUUGUCAUGUGGUCGGCAGAGGCAUCCACAAUUACACCGGGAAUGUUUUCCUAGAGAUGUCAGCCUACAAAGGACACAAUCUCUCUUCUUCAAAUUCCUCCCCAAAAUGUCCUUUCCCAACAGCUCUCCUGCUGCUAAUACUUUUUUAGUAGAUUCCUUGAUCAGUGCCUGCAGGAGUGACAGUUUUUAUUCGAGCAGCGCCAGCAUGUACAUGCCACCACCUAGCGCAGACAUGGGGACCUAUGGAAUGCAAACCUGUGGACUGCUCCCGUCUCUGGCCAAAAGAGAAGUGAACCACCAAAAUAUGGGUAUGAAUGUGCAUCCUUAUAUACCUCAAGUAGACAGUUGGACAGACCCGAACAGAUCCUGUCGGAUAGAGCAACCUGUUACACAGCAAGUCCCCACUUGCUCAUUCACCGCCAACAUUAAAGAAGAAUCCAAUUGCUGCAUGUAUUCUGAUAAGCGCAACAAACUCAUUUCUGCCGAGGUCCCUUCGUACCAGAGGCUGGUCCCUGAGUCCUGUCCCGUUGAGAACCCCGAGGUUCCCGUCCCUGGAUAUUUUAGACUGAGUCAGACCUACGCCACCGGGAAAACCCAAGAGUACAAUAACAGCCCCGAAGGCAGCUCCACUGUCAUGCUCCAGCUGAACCCUCGUGGCGCGGCCAAGCCGCAGCUCUCGGCUGCCCAGCUGCAGAUGGAGAAGAAGAUGAACGAAACCGCGAGCGGCCAGGAGCCCACCAAAGUCUCCCAAGUGGAGAGCCCCGAGGCCAAAGGCGGCCUUCCAGAAGAGAGGAGCUGCCUGGCCGAGGUCUCCGUGUCCAGUCCCGAAGUGCAGGAGAAGGAAAGCAAAGAGGAAAUCAAGUCUGAUACUCCAACCAGCAAUUGGCUCACUGCAAAGAGCGGCAGAAAGAAGAGGUGCCCUUACACUAAGCACCAAACGCUGGAAUUAGAAAAAGAGUUCUUGUUCAAUAUGUACCUCACCCGCGAGCGCCGCCUAGAGAUCAGUAAGAGCGUUAACCUCACCGACAGGCAGGUCAAGAUUUGGUUUCAAAACCGCCGAAUGAAACUCAAGAAGAUGAGCCGAGAGAAUCGAAUCCGAGAACUGACCGCCAACCUCACCUUUUCUUAGGUCUGAGGCCCCAUGUGAGGCCAGGAUCCGAGAGGGGGCACCGUGUUCCAGGCCUGAGUGCUGGAGGACUGGGGAGGCGGAAACAAAACCUUCAUGGCUCUUUGUUUUUUUUUUGUUUUGUUUUGUUUUGUUCUGUUCUGUUUUCCUGCUAGAAUGUGACUUUGGGGUCAUUCUGUUCGUGCUGCAAGUGAUCUGUAAUCCCUAUGAGUAUAUAUAUAUAUAUAUAUUAAAAAACUUAGCACGUGUAAUUUAUUUUUCCAUCGUAAUGCAGGGUAACUAUUACUGCGCAUUUUCAUUUGGGUCUUAACUUAUUGGAACUGUAGAACAUCCAUCCGACCAUCCACUCAUCCACCCAUCUAUCCAACCAGCAAUGUGACUUUUCCACGGUUUUCCUCACAUAAAAGUUCUCUGUGUGUGGGUUAGCCCAUGAACUCAUGUCAUUUUGAAAACAUCCAGUACUUUUAAAAAAAAUUGCAUAUAUAUUUCAAACAAAUAAGAAAACCCACAAGCUUUGGGGGGGAGGGGGACUUUAAAAAGCACAUUACAAUGUAUCUUUUCACAAAUGAACUUAGCAAUUGUCCUUGGUGAAAUGGAGUGUUGAUGACGUAUGCCUUGUAGCCUUUUCCUUGUGGUGCAUCUGUGGUUUGGUAGAAGUACAACAGCAACCCGCGCUGUGCUCUCUGUGCAUGUUCUGACCGCAUGUAUAAUGCAAUAAACUCUGGAAAUGA